AUGAGCAAGAGAAAGGCAACAGAAAACCAGGAGCCAGAUGACGUGGAGAUGGCUAGCCACGAAGAACAGGACGACGAUGACUCUGGUUCAGACGGCGAUAUGGAGGAUAUCAUCAAUGUUGAUUUCGAGUUCUUUGAUCCUAAAGAGAUCGAUUUCCACGCUGUCAAGAACCUACUUGGCCAGCACUUUGCCAGCGAUUCUAUCCUCUUUGGUCUCUCAGAACUCGCAGACCUAAUCGUCUCCCAGCCCAAUGUCGGAACGACCAUCAAGGUCAACGGCAUAGAAUCCGAUCCAUACUCCCUCCUCACGAUCCGGGACUAUGUGUUUACAAAGUCAAAGCAGAACGAAAAGCUGCACGCCAAGCUGAAAGACCUUCUCAGCGCUGGAUCUAAGAAGGAGGUUGGACUGGUUUUGAGUGAGCGGUUCAUCAACAUGCCAGUCGAGACAGCACCACCAAUGUGGCGUAUGUUACUAGAGGAGGUCAAGUGGGCUGUCGAUGAGGGCCUCCCUUUUAACUUUGAAUACUAUUUGCUCCUGUGCCCGACCUACCACGAGGUUGCACCGAAGAUUGAUCUCGAGGAAGACGCUCCCAAGCCCACAAAGAAGAAAACCAAGAUGGCUGAUCCAGCAACGUUCUUUUUCCACCCUGAAGAGGAGAUGCUCCAGCAAUACGCCGAGUUUACACAGGAUUUUAAGUUGACGACCCCAACAACUGCUGCGGAAUCCAACAACACGUUCGAGGACUAUGGCAUUGCCCCAGCGCGCCGCAUGAUGCUGAUCCACAAGGAUAAGAUCCCAGAAGUCGUCCAGCUCAUGGUUAACAACUCGCAGUGGUAG